UAUGGCGCCGGCGGUGCGGGAGCUGGUGGAUCAGCCUCUUAAGGGACUGGGCGAACUCUAUGAGAACUCGCUCAAGGCUAUGCUGGUGUGCGGAUUGGAGUUUUACCUGUCGGCGUCGCUGGUGGCAUCUUUCUUCCAGUGUCCGGAUGAGACUGUACAAGCAGAGCAAGAGCUGCAGACACUCUACACACUGGCCUGGGUGCCCAUGGUGCUGGCCACUAUGCUUGUCUACGGACCGAAAAUAUCACGCACGAUCUUCCCGUCGCCCGAAAACUUUGAGCGCAACGUGCUACGCUGCAAGAUCCUGACGUGGUUCUACACCUUCGCCUUUCUCGUGUGGGACCCCGACAUGGUCGUCAAGACAGGCCCGUCACUCGGUGUAUCGAUCCUAUUCUGUGUGACCGAUGUUGGUCGCUUCGUUAUGGAUAUGAAGCACUUGACGGACGUCGAGUAUGACGAGAACGGCAACUCGUUCAUCAUCAGCAACAAAACACCACGGCAGGACCAUGGACAGCAGAACCAGCAACAGCAGAACGAGUCUCAGGACCGACAACCGCCUCAGCAGCAAUCGAGUAAACAGGAGGAUAGCUACACUGUUCAUGUGGUUGGAACUCCAACACAGGAGGCUCCGCAGAAGACACGUCAAAACACACCAAACAGUCCUGCAAGGCUAGUCCCGAAGCAACCGAGUCAAGUUCAUGUAGAACAGCCACAGCAAAAGCCACCUGCGCCAAUGCUCGGAACUACAAACAAUGCUGGUAGUCGUCGACGACUGGGAUCCCGCAAGGGCAAACGGGGUCAAAAUUUGGCACUGAUUCAGUCUCCGUCGGCAAUAAACAGCGAGUACGUAGCAGUGUUGGAUCCCGACGCGAAGAAGGAAGCCGCUGAGCUUAUUGCCAAGAAAUCCUUCACGUAUGAGUUUUAAUAAUUAAACUCCUUCAUUAA